CCCCCGCGGGUUGCGGGGCGGGGGAGGGAUAAAAAGGACAUGGUGCGGGGAUGGCCCGGCCCGCCGACACCUUCCCGCUGCACCGGCUCGUCUGGCACAACCGGCACCAGGCGCUGGACAGCGCCCUGCGCGCGGGGACGCAUGACGUGGAGCUGACGGACCCCCGUGGGCGGACACCCCUGGAGCUGGCCGUGUCCCUGGGCCACCUGGAGUCGGUGCGGGUGCUGCUGCGGCACAACGCCAACGUGGGCCGGGAGAACGCCAACGGAUGGACGGUGCUGCAGGAGGCCGUGAGCACGGGGGACCCCGAGAUGGUGCAGCUGGUGCUCCAGUACCGCGACUACCAGCGCGCGACGCGGCGGCUCGCCGGCAUCCCCGAGCUGCUCAGCAAGCUCCGGCGGGCGUCCGACUUCUACGUGGAGAUGAAGUGGGAGUUCACCAGCUGGGUGCCGCUGGUGUCCAAGGUGUGCCCCAGUGACGUGUACCGCGUGUGGAAGCGCGGCGAGAGCCUGCGGGUGGACACCACCCUGCUGGGCUUCGAGCACAUGACGUGGCAGCGCGGCCGCCGCAGCUACAUCUUCAAGGGGGAAGACGAGGGGGCCGUGGUGAUGGAGGUGGACCACGACAAGCAGGUGGUGUACACGGAGACGCUGGCGCUGGCCCUGCACGAGCCCGACCUGCUGCUGGCGGCCAUGCAGCCCACCGAGGAGCACGUGGCCGGCAGGCUCACCUCCCCCAUCGUCUCCACGCACCUGGACACCCGGAACAUCGCCUUUGAGAGGAACAAGUCUGGGAUCUGGGGCUGGCGCUCGGAGAAGAUGGAGGUGGUCAGCGGCUACGAGGCCAAGGUGUACAGCGCCAGUAACGUGGAGCUGGUCACCAAGACCAGGACGGAGCAUCUGUCGGACCAGGACAAGUCACGCAGUAAAGGCUCCAAGACCCCCUUCCACUCCUUCCUGGGCAUUGCACAGCAGCACGGCACCCACAACGGGGCGCCCGUGCUGCAGGCUGCCAGCCCCACCAACCCCACGGCCAUCACCCCCGAGGAGUACUUUGACCCCCACUUCGACCUCGAGACCCGCAACAUCGGGCGCCCCAUCGAGAUGUCCAGCAAAGUGCAGAGGUUCAAGGCGACGCUGUGGCUGUGCGAGCAGCACCCGCUGUCGCUGGCGGAGCAGGUGACGCCCAUCAUCGACCUCAUGGCCAUCUCCAACGCCCACUUCGCCAAACUGCGCGACUUCAUCACCCUCAAGCUGCCCCCCGGCUUCCCCGUCAAGAUCGAGAUCCCGCUGUUCCAUGUGCUCAACGCCCGCAUCACCUUCAGCAACCUGUGCGGGUGUGACCAGCCACUGGGCUCCGUGCGGAUCUGUGCCCCGCAGCAGCCCCCCGGCACCGACCCCCCCGGGCCCAGAGCCUGGCCGUUCCCGUGCGAGGUGGAGGCGGGGGUGUUCGAGGUGCCCGCGGGGUACACCGUGCUGGGCGCGGGGCGCAGCGAGCCCCUGCGGGACGAGGACGAUGACCUGCUGCAGUUCGCCAUCCAGCAGAGCCUGCUGGACGCCGGCACCGAGACCGACCAGGUGACCAUCUGGGAGGCGCUGACCAACACCCGCCCGGGCGCGGAGCCGCCGCCCUACGACGAGGACCUGCAGCUGGAGAGGGCCCUGCAGGAGAGCAUGCUGCUGCAGGCCAGGCCCAGCACCGAGCCCCCGGCCGCCGGGAGCCCCCCCGGCGCGGGUGGGGGGAGCCCCCCAGGCCCCCCCGAGUAUGGCAGCUUUGCGGAGCAGCUGCGCCUGGCCAUGGCCCUGUCGGAGCGGGAGCAGGAGGAGCGGGAGCGGCGGCGGCGUGAGGAGGACGAGGAGCUCCAGCGCAUCCUGCGCCUCUCCCUCACCGAAAAGUAGCACCAGGACAGGGACAUCCUGCACCGGGACAGGGAUGUCCCACGUGGGGUCACGCCACGCAGGGACGCAGAUGUCCCACGUGGGGACACACCCCUUGCAGGGACAGGGACACCCCACCCAGGGAACACCCCAGCGUGGGUACUGUCCUACACUGGGACACCCCAGUUUGGGCACAGCCCUGCCGGGGUGGCCCCCCCAUGAUGGGGACCCCCUGAUGUGGGCACAGCCCCCGCAUGGGGGAAUUUGAUCCAGGGAUCCUCCUACCCCCAGGACCCCCAGUCCAGGGCUCCUCUCCUGCCAGGCUCAAACCUCAGCCCAGGGACCCUCACCUGGGAACCCCCACCCCAGGAACACCCCAAUUCCUAGGUCCCCCUCCCCUGGGACCUCCCUCCUCCUCCUCUUUGGUGUUGUACCUUGACCCCCUGGGGGGCAGGAUGUCCCCAGGGGUCCCCGUGGGAUGUGGGUGACCCCUAUUUAAAGGCACUCCAGUUGGGGGGGGCGCUGCAGGGGUACCCCCUGGCCUCGUCCCUCGUUGCAGUGGGGGGAGCAGGGGCCCCGAAUGUCUGUACAUAUACAUAUACAUAUAUAUAUAUAUAUAUACACAAAAA